GUAACAUACGGAAUAGUCUAGUAUGGUCAAACAACAACUGAACGAAGAACAUUUUUUUUACUGGAUUCUUGUUUUGUUCGGCUAAAACGGAUCAAACGAUCAUGAUUGGCCAGUUUCAUGAGAUCAAGGUAUAUACAUGAACCAUCGUUUCUGUCGCCGAUUUGAUUGAGAAGAGCAGUAUCUGUGUCCGUCUCCGUGCCUCUGCGUGUUAUUCAGAGAGGGAGAGAGAGAGAGAGAAUCAGAAUGGUUGGACCAAUGAGACCGCAGUUUGUGCUGUUCGGUUCUUCCAUUGUUGAAUUCAGUUGCAGCAACGAAGGAUGGGGUGCUGUUCUUGCCGACAUAUACGCUCGCAAGGCAGACAUAUUGCUGCGAGGAUACGCUGGCUGGACUUCGAGGCAUGCUCUACGGAUUUUGGAUCAAGUUUUUCCACUGGAUGCCGCUCUACAACCUUCAUUGGUUAUAGUCUACUUUGGUGGUAACGAUUCGAUGCACCCUCACCCAUCUGGCUUUGGCACUCAUGUACCACUUCCUGAAUAUAUUGAAAAUAUGAGGAAGAUAGCAACGCAUCUGAAGAAACUGUCAGAGAAGACUCGCAUUAUCUUUCUCAGUGCUCCUCCUGUCAGUAAGGAAAAAAUCAGCGAAAUAUAUAGUGAUACAUUAGCAGAGCUGCGAACAAUUGAGUCUUGCCGAAUAUAUUCAGAAGCCUGUUUGGCGCUGUGCCAAGAGAUGGAUGUGAAAGGUAUUGAUCUUUGGACUGCACUUCAGAAAAAGGACGGUUGGGAAACUGAUUGCCUUACGGAUGGAAUACAUUUAUCAGCUGAGGGGAGCAAGAUAGUUGUGGAAGAGAUAAUGAAUGUCCUUAGAGAGGCCGACUGGGAACCAAGUCUACACUGGAAGUCAAUGCCAACUGAAUUUGAACAGGUUUUAUCCAUUCCUCAACUGAGUCCUGAUUUCAAGACCGUGGUUAGUAUCUUUAAGGCUAGCUAUUGCAGAUACAGUCAGUGGGAUAGGUUCUAAUAUGUAUUAUUCCAUUUUUUUUUUCAUGUCAAAUAUUUGGCAGCAAUUUGAAACUUUGAGGUUGAUGAUGUUGAAAUUAGAAUUAUAGGGAAUAAAUUCACGGCAACCUUGAGUUCAAAUUAUGAAAAUACAUAUCUAGCCAAAAAUAAUUCCCAUAAAUGUUUGUAAUUUCUACUUGUUCUAUUUGGUUCAUGUAUAAGUAAACCUGUCUCUCUUUUUUC